CAGGUGCUCCGAGCCGCCGCCGUCAUGGCCAGCGAGGAGCUGGCGUGCAAACUCCAGCGCCGGCUGCAGCGCGAGAAGGCCGAGGAAGAAGACCCCCGGCCCGCGCCCCUCGCCGCCCCGCUCCCGGAGCCCAAGCCCGAGCCUGCGGCCGUGGCGCUGCCGGCUAGCGCCGACGCCGAGCUGAGCGCGCAGCUGAGCCGCCGCUUAAACAUCAGCGAGGGCGCGGUGCGGCCCCGUCGCUGCAAAGUCUUCAACCCUUACACCGAGUUCCCGGAGUUCAGCCGCCGGCUCAUCAAGGACCUGGAGAACAAGUUCAAACUGUACGACGCCGGGCGGGACGGCUUCAUUGACCUCAUGGAGCUGAAGCUGAUGAUGGAGAAGCUGGGGGCCCCCCAGACCCACCUGGGCCUGAAGAGCAUGAUCAAGGAGGUGGACGAGGACUUUGACGGCAAGCUCAGCUUCCGGGAGUUUCUGCUCAUUUUCCACAAGGCUGCGGCCGGGCAGCUACAGGAAGACAGUGGGCUGAUGGCACUGGCCAAGCUCUCGGAGAUCGACGUGGCCCUGGAGGGUGUCAAAGGUGCCAAGGACUUCUUCGAAGCCAAGGCCCGCGCCCUGUCCUCUGCCAGUAAGUUUGAAGCUGAGCUAAAGGCUGAGCAGCAUGAGCGGAAGCGAGAGGAGGAGGAGAGGAGGCUCCGCCAGGCGGCCUUCCGGGAACUGAAGGCCACUUUCAGUACAUAGUCCAGCCAGCCUUGACUGCCAUCCACAGCUGUGCCUUACUUCCUAGGAGGACACGACCGGGCAUGUCCA